CCUCUAAAAUCCCCACAAUUUCAAAGCAAACAUAAAAAAAAAAAAAAGACCAAUUGCUCUGCUUUCUUCUACUUCUUUUCACACUUUUCUCUUCAACUUGAACAUUGUUACAAACAGAAAUAACUUGUGAUUCGAGUGGACAAAAACCAAAAAUCCACCAAAUACCUCUUAUCUUUCACUUGAAACCAAUUUUUAUAAGGAAAGUGAAAAACAAAAACAUGGAAUCCUUAAAUUUCCACAACAUUAAAUUGGAGAAAGCAAACGCUAUACUGAGGUACAAAAAGCGUCAAAGAAUGACAACUUUGUUUCGAUUCAUCGAAUUCUGCAUAUUUUUGGUCAUAAUCUCAAGAUUUUCGACACAAUUGCCACUCACUUUCAAGUUCUUGACAGAGUAUUUCAAGGGACUUGGUGUCACCCUUAUUAGUCCCCGGUUCGUCUUCGUUCUUGGAAACGUGAUUGUCAUCAUCCUCUUCUUGAAAUCAGGACAGUCAUCUGCUAAAGAUGGUUCGACAAACAACGUUAAAAUCGAUUUGUACGAUGAGUACAAGCAAAAAUGUUCAAUGAAUAAAGAGACUUAUUGUGAACAGAGCAUUUUGGUAAAAGAAGCUUGUUGUGAACAGAGUAAACGGAGCAUUUUGGUAAAAGAUACUUGUUGUGAACGGAGCGAAAAACAGAGGAAACAGAGCAUUUUGAUACAAGAUACUUGUUGUGAACAGAGCAAGAAACAGAGGAAACAGAGUAUUUUGGUGGAAAGACAAGUUAAGAAAAUUCAUCGUAGCCAUUCGGAGAACUCUAUAAGUUUGUCCAAAGAUGAGAAAAAACCUAGAAGAGAAUUGAUCCGAUCGGCUACAGUAGGAUGUCGGAAAGUUAUAAACACUGACAGUGUAAAACCAACUAUGACAAUAACAACAGCCUCAUAUCCAGAGGACGAGAUGAGCGGUGACGAAUUCAGAAAAACUAUUGAGAAUUUCAUAGCAAGACAACAGAGAUUGUUGAGGGAAGAAGAGUUUUCAGCUGUUGAUUCUUAUGAAUCAUAGCUUGCUAUUAGUUCAUGUUCAAGUUUCAUGUACUAGUUUUUGCUCUCUCCCUUUGUAAACUCUUUUCUUUUUUCCUAGGUCUUAGGCCUUCCUCCAUAUUGCUGGCUUGCUACAAUAGAUCUGUACAGUAAUAUAUAGUGAUGAAAGCUAUGGGAGGUUUUUGCAAAUGUUACUUUGCCUAAGAUCUUUGUUAUUUUGUCUUAUAAACUUACUUUUGUUGCAUG